UCUAACCCUAUCAUCCCCGUCCAGUCCGGAGGGAGCGUCGACCAUCAUCCACCACCCUAUAUACAACGCCAUCCGUCGGGGCUGUCUCAAGCUAAAACGAAACACAUUCCGAUCCCCCCCACCUACCACCCCGCCAAACGCGGACUCGGAUGUCAUGACCACACCUCACUUGCGCACCCACCUGCGCCGACCCUCCAUCUCGUCGCGCCUCUCGUUCGCGAUCUCUACGCACUCAGCUGAGGCCGGCGCUGCCCGCGAAGACGUUGCCGGCACCCACGAACAUGUUGAGGAGAUUGAGGAGAUUCGGAGAUAUGAGGAUUUUACCACUAUAGACUGGGUUCAGGAUGCUGCGCGCGCCCAGCUACAACGGAGGAUCUCGAGAAAGAAUAGAGAUGGGUUCUUCCGUCGGGGCGGAGGUGCAACGGGCUGGCGGAGGAAGCUGUACGAAUCCUAUGAUGCUGGACAGGCGUGGAUUGUGAUUACGAUAAUAGGUGCCGCCAUCGGUCUUAACGCUUCGUUUCUGAACAUCGUCACCGAGUGGCUGGCGGACAUUAAACACGGUCACUGCACCACGGCAUUUUACUUGAACGAAAACUUUUGCUGCUGGGGGGCCGAAGGCACAUGCGCCGAGUGGAAGCCUUGGAGUAGGAUCUGGCCCAUAAGUUACAUUCUCUACAUAUUGUUUUCUAUACUCUUCGCCUUCACCUCCGCAAUCUUAGUUAAGUCCUUCGCACCAUACGCUGCCGGCUCCGGAAUCUCAGAGAUCAAAUGCAUUAUUGCCGGCUUCGUGAUGAAGGGCUUCCUCGGAUGGUGGACACUGUUUAUCAAAUCGAUCGGGCUGCCACUGGCUAUUGCGUCUGGACUGAGCGUCGGAAAGGAAGGGCCCAGUGUCCAUUAUGCCGUCUGCGCAGGAAACGUCAUCAGCAGGUGCUUUGAUAAGUACAAGAGGAAUGCCUCGAAGAUGCGAGAGAUCAUGUCGGCAUGUGCGGCGGCGGGUGUGGGUGUGGCUUUUGGAUCGCCUAUCGGUGGCGUUUUGUUCUCCCUCGAGGAAAUGUCCACCAAUUUCCCGUUGAAGACUAUGUGGCGCAGUUACUUCUGUGCGCUGGUUGCUACAGCCGUGUUGGCGGCCAUGAAUCCAUUCCGUACAGGACAACUCGUCAUGUUCCAAGUCCACUACGACCGAGAUUGGCACUUCUUCGAAGUGGUUUUCUUCAUCAUACUCGGUAUCUUUGGUGGCUUGUAUGGUGAAUUCGUGAUCAAGUGGAAUCUCCGUGCACAGGCUUUCCGGAAACACUAUCUCACGAAAUAUGCUAUCGCCGAGGCAACGUUCCUGGCGGGUGCUACUGCGGUGAUAUGCUACUUCAACAUGUUCCUCAGAAUCGAUAUGACCGAGAGCAUGGAGAUUCUGUUCAGAGAGUGUGAAGGUGCCCACGAUUACAAUGGACUCUGCCAACCCAGCCAUCGUUGGUCGAUGGUGUUUUCCCUCAUCAUGGCCACCGUUAUCCGUAUCUUUUUCGUCAUAAUAUCGUACGGAUGUAAAGUCCCAGCCGGUAUCUUUGUCCCGUCCAUGGCUAUCGGUGCCUCGUUCGGCCGAACAGUUGGAAUCCUUGUUCAAGCGCUCCACGAAGCCGCUCCGAACUCCCGCUUCUUCGCCAGCUGCCAACCCGACAUUCCGUGCAUCACACCAGGCACGUACGCAUUUCUUGGGGCGGCUGCAGCUCUCAGUGGGAUAAUGCACAUCACUGUGUCUGUGGUGGUCAUCAUGUUCGAGCUCACAGGCGCGCUGACGUAUAUCCUCCCCACCAUGAUCGUUGUUGGCGUUACCAAGGCUGUCUCGGAACGCCUGGGGAAGGGUGGCAUUGCGGAUAGGAUGAUCUGGUUCAAUGGGUUUCCAUUUUUGGAUCAUAAGGAGGAUCACUCUUUUGGUGUCCCUGUGUCCCAAGUUAUGAACGAUGAUCUAUGUGUGAUACCUGCGUCAGGGAUGACUUUGGGAGAACUAGAGCAAAUACUUGCAACAACCAAAUACCAAGGUUUCCCCAUAGUCCAAGAUCGCACCUCGAAACUGAUCAUGGGCUACCUCAACCGGUCAGAGCUCAAUUACGGCGUUGAUCGCGCAAAACGCCAACGCUCCAUCCCCUUCAACGCACGUUGUUUCUUUACCCCACCACAGCAGAAUCUCACUCCCGCAACCGCGACAAUCACAGUUUCCGCGUCUUCCUUCUCCGGUGGCGGCUUCUCCGUCGAUUUCGCACGCUUCGUCGACCCAACUCCGUUAACAGUGCACCCACGCCUUCCCCUGGAAACCGUUAUGGAGAUCUUUAAGAAAGUCGGGCCUCGGGUUGUGCUGGUCGAGCAUCGUGGAAAGCUCUGUGGUAUCGUCACGAGAAAGGAUGUGCUCCGCUUCCAGUUCAAGAUGGAGAAUCGCGAGCACCCCAGGAAUGAAGAUGAUAUCGAGGAAGAUCGAUACAGAGAGGAGAAGCUGUGGGAGCUUAUUGCGCGCUCGGCGGCGUGGGCGAAGAGGAAGCUACGGUUUUGGGAGAGGCAAAGGAGGACGCCACCAAGUCCGGAGGGGGAGAUUAAUGAUGGUGUAGAUGGCGAUGGUGAGGUGGAGCUUGAUGAUCGCAGAAGAUGAUAAUGGAAACGACUUGGAGGU